ACGGGACUCCAGGGUAGUCAAAUAGGAGCAAUACACAGACCCAUCCCUCGGCUACGCGCCUAAUAUGAUUCUCGCAGCUCCGAAUCUUGAGAAGAAAAGCGAUCUGUCCUCACCGAUUUGCGCCCCAGCUGCAGCGCCAAUUCAGAGCCGCUAGAGCGUUUACGUGGGCACGCUCCGCACAUAUUCUCCACCAUUUCAUCUCUCUCCUCAUUUCCACCCACUCAUUUUCAUUAUAAAUACUCGCCUAUCUUACCUACUUCAAAUCACCCCAACGACAAGGUUUUUUUUUUAAGGAAAAUUCAUUUUUACGCCAUUUCGCUGACUAUACAUAGACAAGUGAUCCGCUAUGGGUUAUGCUGAGUAUGAUGAAAGCCUUCAGCAGACUGAUCCUGUGGCUGUUAUACGGAGUGGAAAAGAAGUUUUAUUACAGGCUUUCAACUGGGAGUCCCACAAGCAUGACUGGUGGAGAAAUUUAGAUUCUAAAGUUUCUGAUAUUGCGAAAGCUGGGUUUACUUCAGCCUGGUUGCCACCACCAAGCAAUUCAUUUGCACCUGAAGGUUACCUUCCACAAAAUCUUUAUUCUCUUAAUUCUUCAUAUGGUUCUGAGAGCAUGUUAAAGGCUUUACUUCAUAAGAUGAGGCAACACAAGGUUCGUCCAAUGGCUGACAUAGUCAUUAAUCAUCGUAUUGGAACCACCCAGGGACAUGGUGGAAGGUAUAAUCGCUAUGAUGGAAUUCCAUUAUCAUGGGAUGAACACGCAGUUACAUCUUGUACCGGUGGACUGGGUAGUCGUAGUACUGGAGACAACUUUGACGGGGUUCCAAACAUUGAUCACACGCAAACUUAUGUUCGAAAAGAUAUUAUCGGAUGGCUAAGAUGGUUACGCAAUACUGUUGGUUUCCAAGAUUUUCGUUUUGAUUUUGCAAGAGGCUAUUCUGCAAAGUAUGUGAAGGAGUAUAUCGAAGGUGCUAAGCCAGUACUUUCUGUCGGAGAGUACUGGGACUCUUGCAAAUACCAUGGUCAUCGCUUGGACUAUGACCAAGAUAGUCAUAGGCAACGGAUUAUUAAUUGGCUUGAUGCGGCAGGGCAGUUAUCGACUGCCUUCGACUUCACAACGAAGGGAAUUCUUCAGGAAGCUGUCAAAGGGGAAUUAUGGCGUUUACGGGAUCCUGCAGGGAAGCCACCAGGGGUGAUGGGCUGGUGGCCUUCUAGAGCUGUUACUUUCCUUGAUAAUCAUGAUACUGGCUCAACUCAGGCACACUGGCCUUUUCCUGCAAAUCAUAUCAUGGAGGGCUAUGCAUAUAUCCUCACUCAUCCAGGGAUGCCUUCAGUUUUCUAUGACCAUUUCUUCGAUUGGGGUAAAUCCAUUCAUGACCAGAUUGUAAAGCUGAUUGAUAUUAGGAAGCGUCAAGACAUACACAGCCGAUCGUCCAUCAGGAUUCUGGAGGCGAAAUCAGAUGUUUAUGCUGCGAUAAUAGGGGAGAAGUUGUGCAUGAAGAUUGGUGAGGGAUCAUGGUGUCCAGCAGGCAGGGAAUGGACACUUGCGACUAGUGGCAACAGAUACGCUGUCUGGCACAAGUAGUUAUCAGAGUUCUCUGGCUUUACAGUGCUAUAGUAAUCAUCUUGAAUAAGUCUUACAAGUUUAAGUAUAUUACUGCGAGUCAUUCUACCAAUUUUUCCAUUUUUUGUGUAUCAAUAAUUUAGCCAUUCAUGGUUAUUAUUACGGGGAUUUGUUGAGAA